AGAUAUAGAAAUAAAAAAUAAAAAGUAGAAACGUUUUCCCCCUUGUCCUCUUCUAUUCUCCUCGUCCAAAAACCCUAAUUUUUCAAAUUGUAAACCAGGAAAUUUCAUCACUUUCUUCAAAUAAAUAAGCAAAAAUUUGAAAAAAUCAUAUAUAAGUAGUAAUGAGAGGAACGAAACGUUUUGCUGCUUCUGAUUCAACUCCUAUCUUCAAUUCCAAUGACUCCGUUAUGCAGAGCAAGAGAUUAAUAAUGGGGUCACCGUUUGAUGCGCAGAGGUCAGAACCGUCAAUUCAGCUGAGGCAGCUGCCCCCAUUGGAUAUGCAGAGGGCUGAAUCAUCAAGACAGCAUGUGAGAGCUCUUAAUACCCAAUUUGCAAGCUGGGUACAAGCUCAGUUAGAAGACCAUCCAGAUGAGCUGUGGGAUGAUGGUGUGCAGGACUAUCUAAAUCAUGCUAAAAACAUUGUGGAGAAAUUUAGUGACGUAGUCAACUGGCUGAAAGCAAAUGCUGGAAAAGGAGAGAGUUUAUCUGAGUUGGGAUCUAAUGAUGCUCAAAAGAAACCUGGUUUUGAAAUUGAAAGUAAGGAAAACAAUAAUAAAUUAUUACCGGACAAACCUGUGUUAUCUCCCGCUGCCACAGCAAACUUUGGAACUUCGUGGAGCUCAGGACUUCUCUUUAGCAAUAACAAGCCUUUCACUUUUGGAGUUUACAGUGGGUGCAUUCUUCACUUGGUCCUAGAAGCCAAGUUUCAAUUUCUGAAAAUCAAAAUUCAGUUCUCCCAAACCAUGAUGCUUCAAAUGAUGGAGAUGCUGUCCAGUGAUCCAGCGGACAAAGAUGCUUGGAAAGACAAAGGCACAGGUCAACUUUGUAUCAAAUGUAAGGAAGGCGUGGGGAAGGGGACGAGAGAAUCUAAACCAACCAUCAUUAUACGUAAUGAUGUCGGAAAAGUGUUGCUCAAUGCAUUGUUAUAUCCAGGCAUCAAGACGAACAUGCAAAAGAAUGCCGUCGUUGCAAUAUUUCAUUCGAGUGAUGGCGAUGACAACAACGAAGUUGUUGCACGGACCUUCUUGAUGAGAACUAAGACUGAGGACGAUCGGAAUAAAUUGGCAGCUAUCAUAAAUGAAUACGCCCCUAUUGACUGAGCAUGAUGGAGUUUACGAGUGAUACCCAUUUCGUUGUGUUGUACUGCUUGAAUGCGCCGAUUAGGAAUUGUUAUUAGUGAAAAUUCGCUUGUUUCUCCGAAGUGUAAGGAGGCUGAUUGACUGGAGUAGGCUCUCUCUUAUUUAAUAGUUAGGAAGAUAGCCUUUAUUUUGUAGAGUUUGUGGAAAUCCUUAGAUAUACAAUAGACAAUGUGUGAAAGGACAAUCUCUUAUACUCAUCAAGUUUCAAAUAUUUUUUAUCUUCCCCAAGUUGACUGCUAA